UUCUUAUUCUGCGUCAAUUGGUUGUGGUCUGAAUUAAAUUCGAUUGGACACAGUUAUAUGUCUUUUCUUUGGUAAUAGUGCGAGCAUCUUGGGUCACGUAGUCAGUCGUGAGGAGGACGCUGUCUCUACAUUAAUUACACCGCCAACGACGACGAGAUGGGGUCAAGAACUCAUAUUUUAUUUGGAAUUUUGAUCUCUUUUGGUGUUUUCAAUUUGUCCACUGGAAUCGGAUCGUUUGGAGAUUCGUGUAAUCGGCGGAAGGAAUGUGAUGCCUCGGCAGGACUGCGUUGUCUUAAAGGGAGCUGUCAAUGCCAGAAUCCGGAUGGUCAAGUAUUUUCUGCAAAACUUGGUUUAUGUGCUGUAAAAAUUGGGAGACGAUGUGGCCCCGAUGACGAAUCGGAGAGUAAUAAUAGCACCAUAAACAAUGACCAUGAAAACCCCGAAGAUUCCGUCUGUGUGGACAAUGGAGAAUGCAAAAAACUCAAGUUGCGAAAAUGGUGUCGUUGCAAGGACGGGUUUAUGCCAAACGCUGGAGGAUCAAGUUGCGUCUCUGUAGCCAAAUAUGGAGAGUCCUGUUCUCUUAAUGAACCCUGUGAAAAGCGAUCUGGGACUGAAUGCAUCGAAGGGAGAUGUGUAUGUCCAUUUGGUGAUCAUCAAUAUUUCGACGCUUUGGAGCGACGCUGUAUCAGCUAUGCGAAUGGAAAUUGUACUCACCCUAAAAUUUCGCCAUGCGUGUCAAAUGCUGAGUGUGUGAAUGUACAAUUGAUAACUGGAUACAUGUCGGAGGAUGGAGUGAAGAAAAUCCAUUCUAAAAGUAUAACUCAGUGUCAUUGUGUCAAAGGUUACUCUGAAACGAAGAAUGGAUACUGCAUGGGAAUGGCUAAUACGGAAUGUGCGCUGAAGCAGCCUUGUAAUUCGGAAGCUUUCUUGGUCUGCUCGGAUGGAAAGUGCAAGUGCAGAAAUCCUCUGCACGAAAUGAUCGAUGAGAAGACGGGCCAAUGUGUUAAUCUCGUGGGGUCGUCUUGUCGUCCGUCGAAUGGAACAUUGGGUGGUAUUCCUUGCGUCGCAAAUUCAGAAUGUAACGACGACAAGUGCUCUUGCAAGAAAGGGUUCAUCGCCACUCCAAAGAAAACCUGUUUAUUGGGAUAUAAGCAGAUUUGUGAACCUUAUCAAUGCAACACGAAUGGGGGGUUGGCCUGUGUAAAUGGGAUUUGCGAAUGCUUUGAUUCUCAUUUGGUGUUUGACGAGUUGUCGAACGCAUGUGUGGGGCUGUCAACCACUUCCGGCUCGGUGGGUGGUUCGGAUGGAUUGUGAUAAGUUCAAGUAGAAUUUGAAAAUAUAUUACAACAAUAUUAUAGUAUUUUUUUACAAAUUAUUUUUCAUAGCGCUUUAUAUUUUUAUAAAAUACUUAUUUUGGUAUAACAAUAGCAUAAGAAUACGUACUCCAUGUAUGUAGCAAUUUGUUAGGUUUUUUAUCGUACGUGAAAUCUUGCUGACGUGUUCAGUGUUGUACAAUAUUUUACAUAUAUACGUGCUAAGUAUUUCUGGCAUGCACAAUUAUCAUAGAAUAGUAAAAUAUUUUAGGAACUUAAUUCAUUAAGUUUUGCAAUUGGGUUUAAUUAGGAAAUUGCAACCUUUGUAGGGUACCUCAAGAAGUUAUAUGUACUUAAAAAUAAAAAUAAAUAUUUAUGGAGUUCAUAA